AUGCUGUGUUGUACUGGCGCAAUUCUUCAGAAAUUCCUGAAGACUUUCCGAGUGAUGUACAUAUUAGGUUAUAUCCCACGUGAUAACCGUCUAUAUCUCGGUGAUAAAGAACUCAAUGUUGUGAGUUACUCGUUGUUAUUAUCGGUGUUAGAAUACCAAACUGCUGUCAUGAGGAGAGAUUUUGAAACCGCUGAUAAAGUUUUACCCACAGUUCCACGAGAACAGAGGACAAGAGUUGCACACUUCUUAGAAAAACAGGACUUCAAAUCGCAAGCAUUGGCUGUUACCAUGGAUAUGGAUCAUAAAUUUGAAUUAGCCAUGCAGCUAAAGGAUAUCAAAAUAGCUUAUCAGGUUGCCAAGACGAUAGAGAGUGAAGAGAAAUGGAAACAAUUGUCAGAGUUGGCGACGUCUAAAUGUGAAUUUAAACUAGCAGCUGAAUGUUUACAUAAUGCACAGGAUUAUGGUGGACUGUUGCUAUUAGCAACAUGUACUGGAGAUGAAACUAUGGUAGAAAAUAUUGCGCAAUCGUCAGAUGAAAGCAAUAAAAGCAAUAUUUCAUUUGUAUCAAAUUUGCUGCUUGGGAGAGUUGAGGAAUGUAUUGAUAUCUUAGUUAAAACCGGCCGUGUUCCUGAAGCGGCUUUCUUUGCAAGAACAUACAUGCCAAGCAAGAUGGCUCAAAUUGUUAGUUUGUGGAAAGAGAAUUUAGGUAAAUUUGAUAAGAAGAAAUCGGAAGCCCUUGCCGAUCCAGAAAAAUAUGAAAACCUGUUUGUUGGUUUGAAAGAAGCAUACUAUGGUGAAAAGUUUGUCAAGAAAACUGAGAAGAAAUAUUUGGCAUCAGAAUACCCAAAUGUAAUGGUGCCAUGUGAGCGUAAUAUUAUGUCGGAGUUACAGCAAGCUUUGGAAGAUGGGUUAGUGAGCAUUGAUGAAGAAACAAAGGAUGUGAAGGUCACCAUGGUAACAAAAGAACCAUCUCCAGUCAGUGAAAACAUGCAGAAUGAUGAAGAAUCCAGGGAAACAAAACCUAGAUCUGACACUGAUGUUUCGUUAGAUUUGGAUAUGGAUAAUGUGAAUUAUGAUGAUAUCACAGAUAUUGAUUUUAAUAUUGAUGAUGACAUCCUAACUGAUUGA